CAGACUUGUUCUGGCUGGCUUGUUUAGUAGCUCAGUAUUACAUGUACUGUUCUGGCUGGCUAGCUCCCCUCAGUCUGGCUGUUGCGUGAGAGGCUGUUCUGUGUUGAGCUAGGCUGUUAUGCUCGCUUAGGCACAAACUCCACGAAGUACGAACGACCUGUCAGUGAGCAACAGGAACGCUGGUAGCCAUUUCGAAUACUACCGGAGCGUACAGCCGAGGUAGCAUUCCGCACUUGAGAAGAAAGGAGCUCCUGCUGUCAGAAGCUUGGUGCUGGUGAAUCUGUGACGGACCGUCCGUAAACUGAACACGCAGUAGUCGUCGCUGGUAAUUGUAAUUCAUUUCCGUGAUUGCAGUUUCCAUCAGGCAAUGGCUGGUGCUACCUCAGUCCCUGCAGCCAAUAGCAUUCCCAAGUGUAUUGUUAGCCAACCACACUCAAUGGCCUCUGGAACAUUCUCCCUUGCUAGACAAGCAGUACCUUGUCUGAGCGCUGCUCUGAAUGCGUCAGCACAACUUGUGAAGACUCCCUGGUCCAGAUUUCAUGCGACGCCACGCCUGUUCAGAUCUUCACGAUCGUCGUUUGACCAUGCUCCACUUGUCAACCAUCGAGCCGUUCAUCGUGUAAGGUUCGCGAAUUCACCAGUCGCUUCAGCGUCGAAAUCGUCGCAGGAAGCAGAAACUGCUGCGAAUGAUUCCAAACCUGGCCGAGUCGAGCCUGCAAACGGAGCUGCUUCAAACGGAAGUUCUUCAAACGGAGGUUCUUCAAACGGAGCUGCUUCUAACGGAGCGAGCACGAUAAGUCCCAGAGCGUCAACCAAUGGCGCUCUGGCUCAGGAGCUUGACAUCUCGGAUCUGGAUUGCGUGUUGACCGGAAUCAACGUGGAGUGCGUGCUUCCGAAUCUCGCGGACGACCGGGACAAGUGGGAACCUGUGGCAAGGGAGGACGGGGAGGAGGGGGAGGUGGGGGAGCAACGGAAACGGAAGACUCAGCAACAGCAGACGGCGGAGCUGGUAGCAGCAGGAGGAGAGGCGCCGAGUGGUUCAUUUCUGUCUUCAUUCAAUUUUGACGGAAUUCUGGAAACGAUGCUGCUUAUAUCGCCGUUUUUCUUCUGGGGAUCAUCCAUGGUCGCAAUGAAGGACGUGCUCCCCAAGGCCGGCCCCAUGUUCGUCGCCUCUGUUCGUCUCAUCCCAGCCGGUCUGCUCCUCGUCUCCUUCGCUGCCAGCCGCGGCCGUCCCAUGCCCAAGUCCGCUCUCGCGUGGUUCUCUAUCCUCCUCUUCGCCCUAGUGGACGCCACUGCCUUCCAGGGUUGUUUAACAGAGGGACUGCGCCGAACAUCAGCCGGCCUCGGAUCAGUCAUCAUAGACUCUCAGCCGCUCACAGUGGCUAUUCUUGCAGCGCUUCUAUUUGGCGAGACCAUAUCAAAAACAGGAGCGCUGGGGCUUGUGCUGGGCGUUGUAGGCUUGCUCCUUCUUGAGGUCCCAGUGGAUACUCUUCUGUCCUUCACCUCCUCUCUUGGCUCCUCCAGCCAAUCAGUGCUUGCCACGUUGCCACUAGACAGCACUCUCUCCCUCGACAUAACCCCUUCCCUCGCUGAUUCUGCUGCAACUCUAGCAGCAGCAGCGGAGUCGACAGUAGUUGCACCACCAGCAACAGUGGCAUCAGCAGCAGCGGCACUGGGUGGGGGGGAGUGGCAAUUGUGGGAGAGCGGGGAGUGGUGGAUGCUCCUGGCUGCUCAAAGCAUGGCCGUGGGUACGGUGAUGGUGCGGUGGGUCUGCAGGCACUCCGACCCAAUCAUGGCUACUGGUUGGCACAUGGUGCUCGGAGGUGUUCCUCUCCUCCUCCUCUCGUUCCAGCAGCACGAUCCAGCGGUCUCUGGCCACCUCUCUGACCUCUCCCUGCUUGACUGGUCCUCCUUAGUGUACACCUCAGUAUUUGGAAGUGCUAUCAGCUACGGAGUGUUCUUCUACAACGCAAACAAAGGAAACCUCACUCGGCUUAGUUCGUUAACAUUCCUCACCCCAGCUUUUGCUGCAUUCUUCGGGUUUGUCUUCCUCGGAGAAACAUUAUCCCCUUUGCAAUUCUUUGGAGCUGGGGUUACCCUUGUCGCAAUCUACCUUGUAAAUGCCCGCUCUCAGCAAACCACCUAGGGCAUGCCAGUAUACUUACACAACCCAGAGGCCAUGUUCUUGGGAAGUGCUGUAUGUAUGCAUUCACUUAGGGAAGUGCUGUAUGUAGCAGCAAGGACAAGGUGGAGUUAAAGAUCCACG